AUGGAGCACAAUCUCCCGGCGGUGGCCAAAAAGCUCUGGCACGCUGUCCGCGUCGCCUAUUUCGUGCUCCAAAAAAACGUGUCCCGGCCGAGGCUGCUCGCAGAUCUGAGCUCCGCGAUGAAGCGCGGCAAAAUCGCAGGAAAAUCAGCCGCGCGCAACCUCGUUUUCCACCGCGCCGAAUACGGCGGGGAGGAAAGCGGCGACCGCCGAAUCCCGCCGGGAGAGUACGAGUUCAGCUGCGGAGAUACGCCGGCGCACCGCGUGCUCCGGCUGCCGUUUCGAAUGAGCAAGCGGAAGCGGGUGACGGACUCGCCUUUUCCGGUGGUGGAGGCGGGUGAGGAAGAAGGCGGUCGGGUGGACGAGGCGGCGGAGAGGUUCAUCAUGAAUUUCUAUAGGGACUUGAAGCGGCAAAAUCAUUUGGCGGGUUGA